UUCAUUGACGGAGCAGAAAUGUAAACAAGCAUGGCGGACUAGGAGCUGUCACGGGAGUCCCUGGUGUCAUGGAUGGUCUCGCUGGCCUCGGAGAUGAGACUGCGGAGCCCAGGGGGGUUCGGGUGGUGGGCUCGGAGCUGGUGGACAAUUACACGGUGUACGUCAUUGAGGUUUAUAUCGGAAUCUAUCACUGGAAGGUAAAGCAUCGCUACAGUGACUUCUACGAUCUCCAUGAAAAGCUGUCUUCAGAGAACAGAGUUGCUAAAAAUCUCUUGCCCCCCAAGAAAAUGAUUGGAAAGAACUCAAAAAGUUUAGUUGAAAGACGACAGAUCGACCUGGAGGUUUAUUUGCAGACGCUCCUCGCACAGUUCCCAGCAGCAGUGCCGAGAUCGCUGUCAUACUUUCUGCACUUUCACCGCUAUGAAAUCAGUGGAAUUUCAGCUCUUCUUGCUGAAGAACUGUUCAAUAAAGGUGAACAGUUACUUUCGGCUGGUGAGGUUUUUGUUAUGAAGCCGCUGCAACUGUAUGCAGUAACACAGCUACUGCGAUAUGCCAAGCCCACGUGGCUUAAUGGGGAUGCCAAAACUGACCUGGGACAUAUACUGGAUUUCACUUGUAGGCUGAAAUAUUUAAAGAUAACUGGUACAAGUGGGCCUUUUGGGACAAGUAACAUACAGGAGCACUUACUGCCAUAUGAUCUGUCCAUAUUUAAAUCACUUUGUCAAAUAGAGGUCAGUCACUGCAAUGCAAGGAAUAUCACAGGACUGAACUCUUGCAAGAACACUUUGGCAACAAUGACUGUUCAGUUUUCAGCAGAGUCAAUGAAGGACAUUCUAGUACCUGAGGCUUUGGAGUUUGACCAAUGGGAACCGGAGGGCACAUCCUUGGAUCCAAUUACGGCCGUUGUUCCAAAAUGGAAAGCCUUAACGACUCUUGACAUGAGCCACAAUCAGAUCUCUUUGAUUGAUGAUUCAGUGAAACUGAUUCCACGAGUCGAAUUCCUUGACUUGAGCCAUAACAUCAUUUCGUCAGUAGGGAAUCUGCAGCAUUUAUUCAACUUGAUACACCUGGAUCUUUCAUAUAAUAACAUUUCCGAUCUGGAUGGUGUCCACACAAAGGUUGGAAACAUUAAGACUCUGAGUUUAGCUGGAAAUCUGUUGGAGCGUCUCGGUGGUCUUAACAAAUUAUAUUCGCUGGUUAAUCUGGAUCUCAGUUACAAUAAAGUUGCACAGCUUGAAGAAAUAAGACAUAUUGGACAUCUUCCAUGCUUGGAAAACAUCAACAUAAGCCACAAUCCCCUGGUCAUUAUACCGGACUAUAGAACCAAAGUUCUUGCCCAGUUUGGAGAGCGAGCAGCUGAGGUCUGUCUGGAUAACACAAAAACCACUGAAAAAGAGCUGGAUACUGUGGAAGUGCUGAAAGCUAUUCAGAAAGCAAAGGAAACGAGAAACCAAUUCCACCAUCCCAAUAAAAAGAUGAGCGAGGAUUCCCAACUCACCAAAGCCAACUCCGGCUGUACGUUUCCUGACGAUGUUUCCGCUCCCUCUUUACCACGACCUGUUAGCUGCACCCGAGUUACCGACACGGUGAGAAUCGGCAGCAAUUCUACAUCCAGCAAUCGGACAACAAGUCCUCACAAACUCUACCAAGAAAGAGACGAAGGUGGUCUGCAGGACGCUAACGGACACAGGGAGCUAAACACAUCUCCGGGUGGCAAAAGCGGUGUUUGUCUGCUUAGAGAAGACGAAAUGGCGGUUCCCGCGUCGGAUGCCCCACCGUGUAUUCCGUAUGGUAGCCAGCAGCAGGAAUUGCUCUCGUAUCUUUCUGCGUCUAUAGCACAUGUGCUGGGACAGUCCUCAUCCGAUGCUGCUCACGAUAAGGGAAACGCAAGCUCUUCGGGGCCAGAGAACGGUUAUUUUGAAAUGGGGCGCCAUAAAGAAAAUCAGAAGGAUGAGGACGGAAAUCAGUCCUGUUUCCCUUUAAAAAAUACAGACCAUGGUGUGGGCAUUGCUCAGUUACACUGGGCCUUCUCUGUUCAGCUGCAGAGGGGCAAAUCUCGCAAAGCGUUCGCUUCAUGCCUUGUAUUGACAGAUAGCUUGAUCGUGUUUUUCGAGUUUCCUCUACAAGGAGCAGAGGCUGAUUACCUGGCUAAUUUCUCUCUGCUGAGGCUGGCUUUUUACCUUUCCUACAGGGAUUUAGCAGGGUUUGGAUUCCUGUUGCCUAAAAUCUGUCUAACCAUGAGGGUGAGGAAUGGAGAAGAUUGUAUAUUUGUUCUAGCAAAUGCUCAAAGUCUGCAGGAGUUGUCUGAAUCGCUGUGCGCUCGCUGCCCCGAAAGCAGCAGCUCUUUAGAACGCUUGUCAUUUUGCAACAAUCAGCGUUCGGAGGAAUUAGUUCAGCGUCUCACUGCUGAACACAACAUGGCUUUGGACGGCGGGGAGGUGAAAGGCUGUUUCCCUGUCCGUCUGUUUUAUAGAGAUCAGCAGGAGGAUGUUUUCACUUCAACAAUUCAGGAGCAAAGUGGCACAGAACUCCUGCCAACGUGGGUAUUUCUCACGCCGAAAAACCUCAUCCUACUGGAAGCUGACUUCGAUUUACUGUCUGGAGAAUGCAAGACGCAUGAAGUUCUGGGAAACCCUUUCUUCGUGAAGAAGAUCCCGCUUCCCUCCGUUACAUUACAUCUUCAAGACCUGGAUGGAAAUGUUCUUCAGCUCCUGAUGGGUUACAGAGAUGUCACUGCUUUCUUUGUUUUGCCCGAUGACAAAUUAAAUUUUUUAACCUUAUACAAACUUCUGAGGACUUCCCUUCAAUGCGUAAAGGACGUAUUCGUUUUCAGACCCUGUGAGACUGUCUGUGAAAAGAUCCAGCUACAGACAACUCGUGAUCGCUGCCCACGGGAAGCGUCAGCCUCUCAUCCUUCGCAAUGUGUGAUUCAGAAGUUAUGUGAAGAGAAUCCGCUCGCCUCUCAUCUGCCGUCACCCACCCCCUUGAACGUUAUUUCCAAAAUGAAUGGAAAGGAUAUCCUAGACCUUUUCCGUGGCAGCGUUUCUGAGGCAGACAGUGAGGAGCUGAGGUUCUUCAUGUGGUCGUCUGUGAUAUUUUACAAGGAACCUGACGUGGAAGCCACAUCUUGCGUGCUACUGUCAUCAGAAGCCAUUUACUUUCUGUUUGUCGAUUCAGAGCUGGAUUCUUGGAAUGAGCGCAAGACCCCUGGAUCCUGCCAUCUUUCCCGCUGUCUUGUCAUUAGAUUUAGUGAUCUGCUUUCUGUGAACAUUGGGCUCUUUGAUCAAUAUUUCCGGUUAACAGGGCCUUCUGCAAGUCACGUGGUAACCUGUGUGACAAGAGACAGUUACAGUACCCAUACCUUUAUACAGCAUCUCAUGUCUGCCCUGUCACUGAUGGCUCGGACGCCGUCUCCAGAACCCCUGGAGAAAGAUUUCUACUCUGAAUUUGGGAAUAAGAACACAGGAAAAAUUGACAAUUAUGAACUUAUUCACUCCAGCAGAGUAAAGUUCAUUUAUCCAAAUGAAGAAGAAAUCGGGGACCUCACUUUUAUAGUAAAAGAAAAAUCUGAGAGUUCUGCAAAGCUCCAGUCGCUGAACAUUUUGCUGUACGUUUUGGCUUUCCAGGUCAUUACUGUCGACGGAGGUACCCAGGAUGUUUUACUUCAACCAAAAACACUUAUCCUUACCAACUCUGACCUAUUUUUGUUUAACGAAGACUACAUUAGCUACCCUCUUCCCGAAUUUGCCAAAGAGCCUCCAAAGAGAGACAAGUACCAGCUGAUAGAUGGAUGGAGAAUUAGAGAUUUGGAUAGAGUGUUAUUGGGGUAUCAGACUUACCCACAGACACUUACGUUUGUGUUUGAUGAUGUUCCCAUCCAAGAUCUGACAUACACUUUAUCCGUGGACCACUUUGGGGAGUCCUGUGCACCCCCAGUUACGCAGAACGUGUGUGGCGGGAACAGGGAGGUACAUUUGGAUAUCUUCAUUCCAAGUGCAGAUUGCCGUGAGAAGCUGAUCUCUCUUCUUGCGAGGCAGUGGGAGAUUUUGUGUGGUCGAGAGCUGCCUUUGGAAUUGACAGGAUGAAAUAAUAUGUACAAAAAGACAAAAACUCUGAGGAUUUGGUCCUGGUCCAACAUCCGAAAGCAGACAUUACUAUUUGCUUUUGUUUAGAGCGAAAGUCUGAAAUGGAUUGGUAGUUCCAUGGACUUGACGUGUCAGUUCUCCAGCCGUAAUGCUUAGUGGCGGCCUCCAUUGGAAACUGGCAGAUGACUUUCCGGUGCUUAUUCCGCUAGUAAAUACACGUUUACGUGCUGGAAGUAAGGAAUAGUGAGUGGAGCUUCUUGGUCCGUGUUUAUUGUGCGAGUGGGGUCCACAGUAUUAUUAUUCGGUAUAUAAAAAUAACUUGUUUCUUCAUCACAUUUUCUGGCAUGGUGUUAAAAACGCUACCCAUUUAGCAGCCUGGGUCUGAUUAUAGUAAUCUACAGAAUAAAGAAAUUUCAUGCUUUGUUGUAGAACACUAUGCACUGUUUUUGUUUUUCCACAAUUUAUUCUGUGUUGUAAAAUAAACGCACAGAAUCUUAUGGUUUUUGACAUUU